AUGUUCCCGACCGCCGCGCGCCGGAGCGCGACCACCGCCUUCGCGCCCCGCCUCCGCUUCGACGUCUCCGAAUCCAUCCCCCGCUCCUACUACCUAGGCCACCACCACGCCGCCCUCCGUGAAAUCUCCUCCCGCCUCUCCGACGUAGGCCUCGUCCUCGAGUGCCGCGACUACCGCGUCCCGCUAACCAGCUGGAACCCCGUCCUCGAUCGCGCCAUCGCAGGCCGCGAGCGCAUCGUCGUCUACACCCACCACGACCUCGGCGCCGACAGCCCCGCCUCGGUAGAACACGCCCUCCGCCGCUUCCACAAUGGCACCGGCCGUUCCCCCAUCGGCGGCACCGGCGGCGGCGGCGGCAACCCUGCCACCACCUCUACAACCAGACAACGCGUCGUCUUCUGGCGCAAAGACGACCCCGCCGCCACGAAACAACUCCUCUCCGAAAUUCGCAGCGUCGCCCGCUCCGUCGACAGCCUCACAGGCAUGCGCGCCCUCGUCGUCGGCAUGCCCAACGUGGGCAAAAGCACCCUCCUCAACAAGCUCCGCGUCCACGGCAUGCACAAGAAACAAUCCGUCGCAAAAGUCGGCGCCCAGCCAGGCGUGACGCGCAAGCUCUCCUCUCCCGUGCGCAUCCUCGAUUCCGAGAACAACAGCGCCAACAGCGACAGCAACAACAACAGCAUGGGCCUCGGCGAAGGCGUCUUCGUCCUCGACACCCCGGGCGUCUUCAUGCCCUUCGUCUCCGAAGCCGAAAACAUGGUCAAGCUCGCCCUCGCCGGCUCCGUAAAAGACGAUCGCAUACCCAUGGAGAUCCUCGCCGACUACCUCCUCUACCGCCUCAACCUCACCGACCCGAGCGCCUACGCACGAUACUCCGAGCCCACGAACGAGGUCAACGAGUUCCUGAUGGGCGUCGCCCGCAGGACGGGCAAGCUCAAGAGCGGUGGGGAGACCAACGCCGACAGCGCCGCCGACUGGAUCGUCAAGCAGUGGCGGGUCGGCAACCUGGGCAAGUUUGUGCUCGACGACAUCACCGACGAGGCAUUCAGGGACAAGGAGCUGGCGAGGGAGGGGCAGGGCCCGCUCAGCAUGAACCAGGCGCGCAGGAAAGAAAAGGAGGCGAGAAAAGAGCGAGCCUUGAAUAAGACGAAAGCAAUUUAA